UCUCUUUAUAAGAAGAAGCAGCCAUUUUACUUGACUCGAGAAUCGAAACCAAAGGGGCAAUAAUAAUAUUGAUUUUGGUAGUUUAUUCGUGCCCAAAAUCUAGCCAUCAUGGCCGUAGCUUCAGCUUAUAGAACCAAUGACUUCAUGGAGGAAAGCAUUUACAAUCUUAUUCCGACAAUUCAACAGCAAGCGACUAAAGGAGCCAGACACGAGUCAAAAUUUUCUAGAACUGUAAGAGACGAAUAUACCAGCAAUAAGACAACUGCAAAAACUAUGGGACCACCAAAGGUGGAAACUCAGCCACCAUCAGAUUUCUUAAAAAAACGUUCCAAAGAACCUGUACUGCCUGAAAAAAAACCAUUCAAAUAUACGGAUGAGGAUUACAGGCGUCCAGGAGUACCAAAGCAUACUGAAAAACCUUUGAUGGGUAUACGAUCCAAUAAGAACUUCAUCACCACUAAUGCUGUUGAAAACAUUAUGUCUGUACCGAAAAAACCUGAAAAGAAAUUUGUCGAUACCAGAGCGGGAGCCACUCAUCCACUUACACCAUCUGGCUUAACACCUAAAUAUACACAGAAAAAGGACUACGGUAGAAGCCCUGUUUACUUAGAGAGAAGAAAGGCAGAGGUUGAGAGGGCACAGAGGGAGUACGAAUAUUAUGUACAGGACAAAAUGCAGCAAGGUGCAAUGAAACAACUAACAGGCAGUGAAAGGCAAGCUAUAAUUGAUGGUCUUAAGAAGAACUGGGAAGAACUUCAUCAUCAAUAUCAAGGACUAUCAGUUGUCACUGAUACAGCACCAAAGAAAGCCAGGAAAGAACGCAUGGAAACUGAAAUGAAACAACUUGAAAGAGACAUUGAAACAAUAGAGAAACACAAAAUCAUCUACAUUGCUAAAUAAAUACUGUAGAUUAUCAAAGAUCCUAAAUAUUUUUUGAAUGCAUAAGAAUAUACCAGUUAAAUAUAUGAAACCUUAAUAUGACUGUUGAUCUUUUACAUAUUUUAAAAUGAAAUCUCGAUUAGACUACUCCUUUUUUAUUUAUGGAAAAAAAAAAAAAAAAAAAAAA